CGCUCUCCUUCUCUCCUGCUCUCUCUCUCCCUCCCUGUUCAUGUGUUCAGCUGCUCCAGCUGUCCGUCUCCCCACUCACUCUCUCAGGGUCACACAGACAAGAGUUUAAGGGACCAGUUCUGGACGCCAACCACGCCGGGUCGACCGCAGGCUGCAGCAGGACGUACUGGUCAGAGGGAGACUGAGAGACAGGAGGAGCUGCCGGAAAAGAUUCAUCUAUAUCACUUCCUGGUGGCCCUCUCCAUCACAAAGUCCCGUCUUCAAGGCACUGCUACCUGUCCGAUAGUCGUGUGUGAGUGUGUGUGCGUGCGUGGGCGUGUGUGUGGGUGUGUUUGUGUGUUUGUGUGUAUGUCGUGUAUGUGUGUUCCCGUCCUCAUCUCCAACCAAUUAAUGCAUUAGUAUGCAGGGUGCUUGUGUGUCAAAAUUGUGCGUGUGCAUAUGUGUGUCUGUGCUCCUCCGCAGUGUUAUUUCACAGCCACCUACAGAAAGUGACACCUACACGGAAUGCACAGAUGGGUAUCACUGGGACCCUCAGACUGAGCAUUGCAAAGAUAUAAAUGAGUGUGAGACCAUUCAAGAUGCCUGCAAAGGGGAAAUGAAGUGUUUCAACCACUAUGGAGGGUACCUGUGCCUUCCUCGCUCUGCGUCCGUCAUCCCCGCCCCAGAGCCACCUAUCACGCCCACCGAGCCCUUUAACCCCUGCCCUCUGGGCUAUGAGCCACAAGGAGACAGCUGUGUGGAUGUCGAUGAGUGUGAGCGAGACGAACACGACUGCCAGCCCAGCCAGCAGUGCAUCAACACACUGGGCGCCUUCACCUGCCAGUGUCCAGAUGGCUAUCGCAAGGUUGGCACAGAGUGCAUCGACAUCGACGAGUGCAGGUACAGAUACUGCCAACAUCGUUGUGUCAACGUUCCCGGCUCUUUCGCUUGUCAGUGUGAACCCGGCUUCCAACUGGCGGGAAACAACAGAUCAUGCAUUGAUGUGAACGAGUGUGACAUGGGCGCUCCGUGCUCCCAGAGGUGUUACAACACAUAUGGCACCUUCCUCUGUCGCUGUGACCAAGGCUAUGAGCUGGGGCCAGAUGGAUUCGCUUGCAACGACAUUGAUGAGUGCAGCUUCUCCAGCUACCUGUGUCAGUACCAGUGUGUCAAUGAACCGGGGAAGUUCUCCUGUGUGUGUCCGGAAGGAUAUCAGCUGCUGGGAACCAGGCUGUGUCAGGAUAUAAACGAAUGUGAAACAGGUGAACACCAGUGCACAGAGACGCAGACCUGCGUGAAUGUCCAUGGACGGUACCAGUGUGUGGACUCGAACCGCUGCCAAGAACCAUACGUCCAGGUGUCUGAGAACCGCUGUGUGUGUCCUGUCAGCAAGCCGGCCUGUAGAGAUUUACCUUUCUCUACCGUUCACCGCUACAUGACCAUCACCUCGGAGCGGUCCGUCCCCUCAGACAUCUUCCAGAUCCAGGCCACCAGCGUCUCUCCGGGGGCUUACAACACCUUCCGCAUCCGCUCCGGUGAUGAGAACGGAGACUUUUACAUCAGGCAAAUCAAUAAUAUCAGUGCCAUGCUGGUGCUGGCCCGCGCUGUGUCCGGCCCCAGAGAGUACACGUUGGAUCUGGAGAUGGUGUCAGUGAACCCCCUGCUCAGCUACCACGGCAGUUCCGCCCUCAGACUCACCAUCUACGUUGGGCCUUACACCUUUUAAAGAGGAGGGAGGGAAACAAAAAGAAGAAGAAGAAGAAGACUGGGGGGA